CACGGGGGGGGGAAGCUGGAUCGGACCGCGUAGACCCGGGAAGAAAAAAAAAGUCCGGAUUAUCACCGCGUAGACCGGGGGAAGGGGGCGGAAUCCGGAUUGUGACUGCGCAGACCCGGGGGAAAAAAUCUGUAUCGGACCCUGUAGACCUAGGAAGGAAAAAAUUCGAUUCUGACCGUUUAGACCCGGGAAAAAAAUCCGGAUCGGACCGUGUAGACCCGACAGAAAAACCCGAGUUUUGACCGCGUAGUCCGGAAAAAAUCCGCAUCGGAGCGCAUAAACCGGGGGGAAGGGGGAAUCCGGAUUCUGACCGCGUAGAUGGAGGAAAAUCCGAGUUCUAACUGCGUAGACCCAGGAAAGAAACCGGAUUUUGACCGCGUAUACCUGGAAAAAACCCGGAUCUGGAGGAGCUGAGGAUGGAAAAGAAAAUCAGGUAGAUUUUUAUGGGAUUCCGGAAGGUUCCGCCCCAGAACACUCAGGGAAGGGCCAUCCUGGAGUUUCCGUGAGGAGUUGUCCAUCCCAGGGAAGUUUUCAGAAUCCUGCUCCGUGAUCCAUGUUCUCACCUGCGACUCCGUCUGUGAUCUGCCCCAGAACCCUCUGGUUCCCUCGUCCCUUCGAGAUUUCUGGUUCAUUCCAGAACCCUCUAGCUCCUUCUAGAUGCUUCCGGCUCCUUCUAGAACCUUCCAGCUCCUUCUAGAACCUUCCAGUUCCUUCUAGAACCUUCCGGCUCAGCGUGAAUCCCUUCUGGCUCCUUCUGCAGACCCUCCGAGAACGUCCCAGCUCCCAUGACCCCUUCCGGAAGCUCCCGGAUGUGAAUGAUGCCGCAGCCCACCGGCCUGCCCCUCCCGCUCCUGCCCCUGUUCUCCGGCCCCGCCCCCGCACUCUGGCUGGCCACGCUGUCCAUCCACAUCGCAGUGAUGGACGGCCAGGCCCAGGGCCCGGUGGUGAGCACCAACUAUGGCAAGGUCCGGGGCCUGCGGGCAACACUGCCCGGCGAGGUGCUGGGCCCCGUGGACCAGUUCCUGGGCGUCCCCUAUGCGGCACCCCCAACUGGUGAGCGCCGGUUCCAGCCGCCUGAGCCGCCGUCAUCCUGGGCCGGGGUGCGGAACGCCACGCGGUUCCCGGCUGUGUGCCCCCAGCACCUGGACGAGGCGUCACUGCUGCACGACAUGCUGCCCGUGUGGUUCACAGCCAACCUGGACUCGCUGGCCGCCUACCUGCAGGACCAGAGUGAGGACUGCCUCUACCUCAACCUCUACGUGCCCGCCGGAAGCCACACAAGGAAAAACACUGAUGAAAUAAACAACAGCGAGCGGCUCGAAGAAGGAGACGCCCGUGAGCAGGGCGGCCGGAAGCCAGUGAUGGUCUACAUCCAUGGGGGCUCCUACCUGGAGGGCUCAGGCAACAUGAUGGACGGCAGCGUCCUCGCCAGCUACGGCGACGUCAUCGUCAUCACCCUCAACUACCGCCUGGGCGUGCUGGGCUUCCUCAGCACCGGGGACCAGGCGGCCAAGGGCAACUACGGGCUCCUGGACCAGAUCCAGGCCCUGCGCUGGGUGGAGGAGAACGUGGGCGCCUUCGGCGGGGACCCCAAGCGCGUGACCGUGUUCGGGUCAGGGGCCGGGGCCUCGUGCGUGAGCCUGCUGACCCUGUCGCACUACUCAGAGGGGCUGUUCCAGAAAGCCAUCAUCCAGAGCGGCACGGCCCUGUCGAGCUGGGCAGUCAACUACCAGCCGGCCAAGUCCACGCGCCUGCUGGCCGAGCGGCUGGGCUGUGGUGCAGGCGGUGACUCGGCGGCGCUGGUGCGGUGCCUGCGGGCGCGGGAGGCCGAGGAGCUGGUGCGGCAGCCAGGCGCCAUGGCGCCGGCCCCCUACCACGUGGCCUUCGGGCCGGUGAUCGAUGGCGACGUGAUCCCGGAUGACCCGCAGAUCCUGAUGGAGCAGGGCGAGUUCCUCAACUACGACAUCCUGCUGGGCGUGAACCAGGGCGAGGGGCUGCGCUUCGUGGCGGUGGACGACGUGGACGUGGCCGACGUGGACUUCGACGGCUCCGUGGCCGCCUUCGUGGACCGGCUGUACGGCGCACCCGGGGGCCGGGACGCCCUGCGGGAGACAGUCAAGUUCAUGUACACUGACUGGGCUGACCGGCAUGACCCUGAGGCCCGGCGCAAGACCCUGGUGGCGCUGUUCACCGACCACCAGUGGGUGGCACCGGCCGUGGCUACGGCCGACCUGCACGCCCGCUACGGCUCGCCCACCUACUUCUACGCCUUCUACCACCGCUGCCACACCGACACCAGGCCCGCCUGGGCUGCCGACGCCGCCCACGGCGAUGAGGUCCCUUACGUCUUCGGCGUCCCCUUGCUCGGCCCCGCCGACCUCUUCGCCUGCAACUUCUCCCGCAACGAUGUCAUGCUCAGCGCUGUGGUCAUGACCUACUGGACCAACUUUGCCAAGACCGGGGACCCGAACCAGCCAGUGCCGCAGGACACCAAGUUCAUCCACACGAAGCCGAACCGGUUUGAGGCAGUGGCCUGGGCCAAGUACAGCCCCCGGGAGCAGUUGUACCUGCACAUCGGGCUGCGGCCACGCGUGCGCGACCACUACCGCGCCACCAAGGUGGCCUUUUGGCUCGAGCUUGUGCCGCACCUGCAUGGCCUGCGGGAGCUCCUCCAGGACGCUUCCCCCACCCCCACCUCGAUCGGCGCUCGGCGCUCAGCUGGCCAUGCGUGGCCGCACUUCCAAGAUGGCGGCCAAGAUGGCACCCCAAUCGGUGCUCGGCGCUCAGCUAACAAUGCCUGGCCUGGCAUCCAAGAUGGUGGCCAAGAUGGCACCCCGAUUGGCGCUCGGCGCUCAGCUAGCAAUGCCUGGCCCGGCAUCCAAGAUGGCAGCCCGAUCGGCACUCGGCGCUCAAUGAGCAAUGCCUGGCCCGGCACCCAAGAGGGCAGCCAGGAUGGCAGUGCGGAGCGUCCCGGAAGCUUCCGGAAGGCCGCGGCGGUGCUGAUCGAGACGCGCCGGGACUACGCCGCCGAGCUGAGCGUCACCCUGGCCGUGGGCGCCUCCCUCCUCUUCCUCAAUGUCGUGGCCUUCGCCGCACUCUACUACAAGCGGGACCGCCGGCGCCGCGUCAGUCAACGCCGAGGGGGCGGGGCUGAUGGCAGCCACGCCCACCGCCGUGACACCAGCCACACACCCAAGGACGUCGCCGCCGCCGCCCCGUGCCACUCCCAGGAUGCCCUGCGGCUGGGCUGCCCGCCGGACUACGCCCUGGCCCUGCGCCGCGCGCCCGAGGACCCUCCACCGGGCGCCCCCAGCACCAUCACUCGGGGGGGCGGGAGCGGCCAGGGAGUGGCCAGUCUGCCUCAUGGACACUCGACCACCAGGGUAUAGGGCUCGUGAGGGGGCCUUGAAACUUUUCAUAGAUAUGGGGGGGGGCCUUGAAACUGUUCAUGCACAUUGGGUGGCCUAGGGCGUGGGUGGCCUCAAAACUGUAGAUGUGGGGAGCUUUGAAACUGUGGACAUGGGGAGCUUUGAAACCGUACAUUGAGAUGGGUAACCUUGAUACUGGCCAUGACAUUGGUCAGCAUUGAGACUGAGGACAUGGGUGGCCUUGAAACUGUGGAUAAAGGCCACCUGGAAACUGUCCAUGGACAAUGGGCAGCCUUGCAACUAUCCACAGCAUCCACUAGCUGAUGUGGGGAGCCUUGAAACUGUCCAUGGACAUGGAGAACCUUGAAACUCUUGGUGAACAUGGGGAGCUUUGAAAUUGUCCAUGGACAAGGAGAAACCCUGGAAAAUUCCAGAUAAUUUCAUCCCUAUCCAUGGUACAUGGGCAGCCUUGAAACUGUCCGUGGACAUGGGUGGCCUUGAAACCAGCCAUGAACAUUGGAAAACUUGAAAAAUUCCAGAAAAUUUUCCCAGCCCUAUUCGUGAACACUCUCCUUGAAACUCUCCAUGGACAAGAGUGGCCUCAAAACCGUCCCUGAAUGUGGGCAGCCUUGAAACCAUCCACAACCAAGGAGAAACCCAAAAAAAUUCCAAUCUCUGAUUUUGUGCAACAAGGAAAAAAAAUUCCCGGAAAUUCUUAUCUUGAUGAUGGAAAGCUGUAGAGCGUUCCAAUUUUUUAUAUAUAUAUAUUCCUACUGAAAAAAAAAAUUCCUUUGAGGGACUCUGCUGAGGCACAGGAGACUCUUGGCUUCAACCUGGCACCAGAACCCAUCCUGGAAUCUUCCAGAAUCUUCUGGAAUGUUCUGGGCGCUUCCGUGCAGACAUAUUUCCAGAGCUGUUGUCAGCGUUUUCAGUCUCUGAUUCUGCUGUAUGUAAAUAAAUAUAAAUACAGAUAUAAAUCUCUA